AUGAACUCGCCAGCUGUCGCCGAGAGAGUGGUGGCACGAAUCGCUGCAGAUGUGGAGCUUGCUGACGUGGCAGACGGGCCUCCGGGAGGGAGUGAGGAGGAUGAGAGGGAGGAGGUGAUAUGGUGGGAUUUGGAGGAGGGGAGUGUGGCAAUGGAGAGGGAGGAGGAGGAGGAGGAGGAGGAGGAGGAGGAGGAGGAGGAGGAGGAGGAGGAGGAGGAGGAGGAGGAGGAGGAGGAGGAGGAGGAGGAGGAGUGGGAGGAGGGACGGCCAGGGAGCGAGAUGGAACGUGGCACUCUCUUCACUGCAGCCUUUGGUCCUGCUGCUGAUGGUGCUGCUGCUGCUGCUGCUGCUGCUGCUGGUGCUGGUGCUGGUGCUGCUGCUGCUGCUGCUGCUGCUGCUGCUGCUGCUGCUGCUGCUGCUGCUGCAACUGGGGGAGAGGUGGAGGUGGAGGAGGAGGAGGAGGAGGAGGAGGAGGAGGAGGAGGAGGAGGAGGAGGAGGAGGAGGAGGAGGAGGAGGAGGAGGAGGAGGAGGAGGAGGAGGAGGAGGAGGAGGAGGAGGAGGAGGAGGAGGAGGAGGAGGAGGAGGAGGAUGAGGAGGAGGAGGAGGAGGAGGAGGAUGAGGAGGAGGAGGAGGAGGAGGAGGAGGAGGAGGAGGAGGAGGAGGAGGAGGAGGAGGAGGAGGAGGAGGAGGAGGAGGAGGAGGAGGAGGAGGAGGAGGAAGAAGAGGAGGAAGAAGCAGUGUCAUCAGCAGCCGCAGCAUUUGCAGCAGAGGAGGAGGAGGAGGAGGAGGAGGAGGAGGAGGAGGAGGAGGAGGAGGAGGAGGAGGAGGAGGAGGAGGAGGAGGAGGAGGAGGAGGAGGAUGAGGAGGAGGAGGAGGAGGAGGAGGAGGAGGAGGAGGAGGAGGAGGAGGAAGAAGAAGAAGAAGGGAGCGGAUGGUGCAGUGGGGAGUUGAGAGGUGCGUGA